CACGUUGUGGUACAUCCACACCACAGUAGUUGAUUUCUUGACAGGUCAGGACUUAGAUCGAUUGAGGAAAGUAGACUGCGAUUGGCUGCCGCUUGUGAUAUAGUUUAUUGUUAACUGCGCCGCCCAAUUUCUAAUGUGCUAGAUUCUGUGAUGCUUUAAAGCUACCGUAGCCUCGCAAUUUGUUGCCUCGGUUGGUUCCAUCCAACCAGAAUAUAUUUUUUUACGCCUUGAUUUUUGUGUGAUCUGUUUCCUUCGUGUCAUUCUAACAGUCCCGACAGAACUUCGAACUCUCCGAUGAUGCUCCCCCGUCUCACGUCGUAGUCAUCGAAAACUUGCCCCCCAACGUGACCGAGAAUGAAGUUGCUGGUUUGGCCGCACCCUUCGGACACAUUGUCAGUAUGGUUCUCACGAGGAUGAGCGGGUUUGGCUUGAUCGAGAUGGCCAAUCAGAUGGCCGCGGAGGAUAUGGUGGAUUACUACUCUCGCAUUUACACUCCCAGUAUUCGCGGCACUGGCCCUUUAAUCGUUGCGUUCAGUCGCUAUACAUCUCUGCAAAACGCCGGAAUCACUCCACAGGCUUCGGAAGCCAUCAUGAAUGCUAAUAAGCAUUUUGAAGCAUUGAGCUCUUCCGGUUUUUUCAAGAGUCCGCGUACGGUUGUUCGCGUUCGUGUGUUCCAAUCACCACCCGGUAUUCACUUCGGUUACAUGCAGUUUUAUCGACUGUUUCAUAAAUUCGGUCGCAUUUUACGCAUUAUUGCCUUCAAGUCUGGUGCUUUGCCCAAUGCAUUCCUCGAAUUUGACAAUCCCCUGUCUGCGCAAGUAGCCAUCGUACAAUGCGAUGGUGUUCCGAUGCCAAUGAGGGACGUACCCGGAACACCCACAUGCGUCAUGCGUCUAGAUUUCUCACAUCAGCCCACCAUCGAUGUGCGUACCGAGGAUGUCAACUGCCGUGAUUUCACUCGGAAUCCGGCUCCGGAGUAUGAUCGAAAUGACCGUCCAUCACCGUUGUACAACGGACAGAACGAUCAGUAUGGUGAUUCUGAUCGACUCAGUCCGUUGACACCGAACAACGUGCUGAGGCAAUUGACCGAAGACCGUUUGGCUCAGUUGGAGACCAGCGUGUUAUCCGAACUAGCCUCCAGGAUGGUUAAGCCAUUACUUAAGGCUGCUUUGAGCGCGGGUAGUCAGCAAUCCUCGUUCCUAAAAUCCCAGGCGGAAGUGUUGGAACAUUUGGCCCCAAGGACGUCGCGUAUGGGUUCCGGCGCUGGAAGAUCAUCUCAACAACCAAUGUUUUCUGGUGGUUUUUCUAUGGAUGAUGAACCAAAUCAAUCCAUUUCUUCACCCGUUGUAUACGUAUCCAAUUUGAAUCAAGAGCGUGUCACACCUGACAACUUGUUCAUUCUAUUUGGAGUGUACGGUGAUGUGCAGCGCGUGAAGAUAUUACACGGGAAAAAAGAUUGUGCCCUUAUUCAGUACGCUGAACUGAAACAGGCUCAUUUAGCCAUUAGCUAUCUUGACAAGCAACCUUUCUACGGCAAACAAAUUCGUUGCUCAUCGGCUAAAGUUCAACAAGUAAACAUUCCCACGCCGGGAAAAGAUAAUACCGAGGCCAGUGCGGACAACAUUAGCCAACUGAAUCGCGAAUACGUCGCUCACCGCUUGCAUCGCUUCCGUUGGGCCAAUGCGCGCACCUAUCACAAUUUGUGUGCCCCGUCCAAGUUUUUACACAUUGUCAAUCUGCCUGACGCGGUGUCUGAGGAAGACAUACAGGAUGCUUUUGUGCGAAUUGCCGGUGUUAAUCCGCUCGGUGUCAAGGUGAUCAGGGCUUCUAAACUGAUGGCUUUAGUUCAGUUGGAAGAUAUUGAGCAAGCUAUCGGAGCUCUAGUUGCCAUGCACGACUACGAGAUUGAAACGAACUAUCGUAUUCGUGUCAGCUUCACCAAGUCGACAUUUAAACCGUAAACCUUCAUCUACGCACAAGGAUUCCUUUUGAGGACAACAUGUUACCGGCGUUCCAUAAACCUUUGCCCAUUUUAUCCCUAUCCACUUCAAUGUUUUCGACACCUUUGGUUCUUCUGCAUCUGUAGUGCUUCAUGUUCUGCAUGCCAUUAAAUGAGCCUUUUUGCUUCUC